AUAUGUGAUGGAAAUCGGUAGGCUUACAGUGAGCUUGCGAAAUUAUGUCCGUUGCAUAAGAAAAUAACGCGGUAAUAGCAUUUUGUAUUGAGCGCUCCAGUGUAUUCCGGUCAAGUACUGGAAGUUGCAUUGCAGGGGUGGGACUUCUUCUGCAAUCUGCAGUCUAGGAUAGUGCUCCCAUAGAAAUGCUUCUAGCGACGGUCUCAUCAGGACUUCUCAUUACGUGCACCUCAAAUGGGAAGGCCCCACGUCGAAUGAUUUCUACAACCAAGUCGAGAUCCCCAGUUGAGCCUGAUCGGAUGCGCUGAACCGGGAGGGGUGCAUCUUUGUCACGUUUCCCGCGGAAAGACUGGCACCUGUGCCGCUGGAUGGAGAGUGGCGAUUAAACUGAAGGGAGAGCGGUGGAGUUUUUCCCCCUUCCCCCUUGCACCAAAAUAUUACUCCUUCUAGGCUGGCGGCUACACAAUGUCCUCAGCGCAGGGCAAGGAUAUAUCGGACUACCAUAUCAGCGUGGUCCGAGCCCCCCCUACAUGGGAGGUAGGAGUGUUUGUUGCUGGGUUCCUCCUGCUGUUGGCGGUUGCAGGAGUCAACCUCUGGAAGUUAUGGAAGUCUGGCACCUUCCCUGCACCUUCACCCUUCCCAAACUUUGACUACCGCUAUUUGCAAGAUAAAUAUGGUAACUCUUUUUCGGAAGUGCGGCAAAAGAGAGUUGUCGCCAACAACCACCGGCGGGCCUCCGCCUCCAUCAACCUUAGUCGUAAGCCCAGCCUUCAACUGGGGGACACCCCGGAUGGGCUCAGGGAUCUGGGCCACCUAGAGCUGAUGAACAGGGACCUGAUGGACCCUGCUGGUGGGAUGGUACCCCUUAACCGCUCCAUGUCCGUGGACUCCCUCUGCUCCAUAUCCUCCAUCGCCAACAACUUUGGGCACGACUUCACUGUGGGUCAGCUGGAGGUUACCCUGGAAUACGAAGCCCGACUGGGGCCCAGUCCAGGUGUUCUCCAUAUCGCCCUGCACCAGGGCAAGGACCUACUGGAAAAAGAGGAAGGGGACUUCCCUGGUUGCUUUAUCCGGGUUACCUUGAUUCCUGAGGAACUCAACGUUGGCAUCACCAGGGCCCAGAGGAAUGCCUUCACAGUUGUAUUUGACGAACGUUUCUCCGUACCCCUGGAUCCAUCUCGUCUGGAGGAGAACAGCCUGCGCUUCGCUGCGUUCGGUAUUGACGCCGAGGAGAGGAACAUCAGUGCCGGCCUAGCAGAACUCAAACUCUCUGACCUGGACCUUUCUAUCAGACCCUUUAAUGCUUGGCUCUACCUGCAGGAUGUUAACAAGGCUGUGGAUGCAGUUGGGGAGAUACUUUUAUCUCUCAGCUACUUGCCCACCGCAGAGCGUCUUACGGUGGUGGUAGCCAAAGCCAAGAACCUCGUGUGGACCAAUGAUAAAACCACUGCAGAUCCCUUUGUCAAAGUGUACCUUUUGCAAGAUGGCAAGAAGAUUAGCAAGAAAAAAACCUCCAUGAAAAGAGAUGACACCAACCCCAUCUUCAAUGAAGCCAUGAUCUUCUCUGUGCCUGCAAUCGUUUUACAGGAUCUCUCCCUAAGGAUUACAGUAGCGGAAGGCACAGAUGACGGCAGGGGCGAGAAUGUGGGUCACGUGAUUAUUGGGCCAGAGGCAAGCGGCAUGGGCAUCACCCACUGGAACCAGAUGUUGGCAACACUGCGGAAACCUGUGUCCAUGUGGCAUCCCCUGAGGAGGACCUAGUUCCAUUUCCUGUAUCACACCUCCAGUCAACAGGGUCGGACUCAGUUCCAUUUCAGUUCACUCCGUUCUGGAGAUAAAAUUCCAGUAGGCUAUUUAUUUUUAAGGAGGAUUUUGCACUUCCUGAAUUGAACUAAUUGGAUUGGAGUUGAUUCCGACUCUGCUGGUCACUCCUAUUUGCAUGGUGCCUACAGUCGUACUAUUUUACUGUCCUCCGAAUAUGGAGAGUAAAAAGGAAGGGAUAAAACAAAUUUUUUUCAGGAAACUAGUCAUUUGUCUUUUGAAGCCUGACUUACUCUCCACCCCGUGGUACAAAAGGACUAAUUGGUGGCGUGGUAAGCUUUAUCAGAUUUGCUUGUGAUCAUUUGUAAAAUGUAUGUGAUAAACUUUUAGUAUGGUUUUUGGUAUGUAUCAUAUCUUAUUGUGCUUUUUAAAAUCCAGGUUCUCAAAUCCAGGUGAUUUCAAUUGUAAUUUGUAGCAACUGUAACAGGGUGCCCAAGCCUGACCUAAAAGGUAAAGAGGUACAAUAACUUGUUGCAUUGUACUAUUUGUAACAUAAUAAAUGCAAUACAAGUUCCAGAGUCAUUCUGAUUAAACAGUGUAAGGGUUGUAAAUAAUGUACAACUGCUUUAUUUUGUCGUUUUACUCUUCAACUACAUAUUCAUAAUCAUCCAAAAGUGAAUAAUUAAAUAACACAAAAACAUUUAUCAGGUGAAUACUAAUUCAGUAGAUCGAUGUAUGUCUUAAAGGGUAUGUCAUGCAAUGCAUUUUCCCGACAAUAUAGCCCUUGUGUCAUGCUUGUGUAGCCCAUAUGAAUGUGUAUCAAUGCUUUCUGGAUAUGUAGAGGUCAGUUUUACUCCGAACCAUGUCUGAGUCUGGAUUUACCCCAUUCAUCUUGUGUUUGCUAGACACAACCUUCUGGAUUCUUUUGGAGUAAGAGCAUCAAAUACUAACAUGGGCUUUAUAAAUGUUGAACAUGUGUCAAUGUGAACUGUUGACUUGGAUGUAACUAAGUAUUUUACUUGGUUGACUUUUGAGGGGACUGCAACGAAUAUGUUUAUUUGCUUUGUGUAACAGUUUGGCAAUAAUAUUUGUACAGAACAGAAUGUGAACUAUGACCUUCCCUUGCAUUGUAUAAACAGGUCAAAUCGCCGUUGUUAACUGCCGAAUGUGAUUUUUAUUCCAUUGGACCCAUUCACACUGCAGAACUAACUUACAUUUAUUCAUACGGCACAAUAUAACAGUACUGUCACUUAAAUAACCUCAAUUAGUUUUCUAGUAAAAAGGCUUGUUAAAUGCUGCAUCUGGGUAACACUGCUAUACAGUCCCUGACACCUCUUUGUGUUCCACAAUCAAAAAUGUGAUACAAUAUUUCCUACUGUGCCAAAUGCAUUAUUGAAGCAAUAUUUUCAUUUAGCCUACAGUUUGCAUCUGCAUUUUGUGAUCAAUGCCAUGCAUGCACUCUUAUUAUAGAUGUACCAUCAGACAAUAUAUUGUGUGAAAAUUGUUUGAAAUAAAAGAAAUGCAACAACUUG